AUGGGUAAUACAAAUAGUAAUAACAGUAGUUCAACAAUUUUACCACGAUGGUCAACAAGUGUGCAAGAUUCGGCAUCAAAGCAAAUUCAGAUAAGUACUGAUCGGCCUAAUGGAUUCUAUUUUGCAGGUGAAUGUUUAACUGGUACAGUUGAAAUUCCGAUUUCACACUUACAACAGCAUUUACGUAGUAAAAACAAUCGAAAAUUAAUCGAAUUUAUUCGUCAACAAUCGUUGGGUAAUGAUAUUCUGGUGGAACUUAUUGGCAAUGCAACAUAUUCAGCUGAGGUUGAUGUAGCCGCCGAUAGUGAUGGACAUGCUACACAUCAGGUUAAUGUUUGCCGAGAACAUUGCUUUGUAACAAUCAAUCAACAUAUUGAGGAAAUAUCUAUUCAAAAUGAUAAUCAAUUAGAAACAUCAUUUGAUCAAACAACGAAUACUACGAGUUCUCAAUUCGAUACACAAGAUAUACCAUUAACAUUGCCUGCGUCUAUCAAAGGAAUAUUUCAAUUACGCAUACCGGAUGAGCUUCCACCAUCAUUAAUUAAUAGUCGGCCACCAUCAGUCGAGUAUACAUUAGAAUUAAGCCUAUCAUCAAGUCGUUAUCGCUAUCAAAUACCAAUAUUGCUAAAUUCUAAAGGUUGUAUACCGUGCCCUAUUAAUGAUAUCGAAUUAAGUUGCCGUACUACUAAACAACAUGACAUUUGCUUGCAAGCCUAUUUAUCAAAGACGUUCUAUCGUCCCGGCGAACAAAUACUUGUCAGAAUAAAUUAUUCAAAUCCUCAAGAACGUUCUAUUCGCUCCAUAGCCGUAACACUUCUACAAUUUUAUCGUAUACAUCACGAUGAAUAUCGUUUACAAUUAGAUGGUAAAGAAUGGGUAUUCGAUAACUCAACAGUGUUGCCACAACAAGAAUGGUCUGGUGAAACUCUUUUACAAUUACCAAGUCAACCAUUACAAGGAUCGUAUUCAAAUCAAUCUGCUGGUACAACACAAAGAAUUGGAUGUGAAUUAGAUUAUAGAAUUUUCAUUGAAUUAAAUGAGAAAAGAGGCGAUGAUAUGCAUUUAACAUUACCAUCGAUUAACGUCACAUAUCAAACAUAA